ACUUCCUUUUCUGGAGGGACCUGAUGCAUCGUGUUAAUGAUCCUCUCUCUCUCUCUCUCCACCCUUCUCUUCCUCCCUCUCUCUUUUUCCCUCACUCUAUGAGUCUCUGCUGGAGAGUCUCCUUUCAUAUCACAACGUCUGAGCUGGGAGCAACCGCAGAAAUCUUCCAGCGGGCUGAGUGAGGCGACAGUGUGGAUCACGCCCCCCUCUCCUGUGUCAGCCUUACGCUCUUUCACUAACACCAUUAACACCAUUUCAUACUCAUUGUCUCUGUCCCUUCUUUCUCUCUUUUCUCACUGUCUCUUUUUGUUGUGCCAUUUUCUGGUGCGUCUUUGUCUCUUUCUCUUUUUGUAGAGUGUCUCCAGUCUUCAUCCUCAGGUAGGCAGCGCCAAAACCAGCCGGGAAAACACUCCUUCAGUCUACCUCUCCCUCUCUUUAAUGUUAUAUUCCUUCCUUUUAUCAUACAAAUCAACAUCCUCCUCCUCCUCCUCAUCUUCAUCCUCCGCCUCUAUCUCUCUACUCUCCUCCUGCCUCCACACCCUGCCUCUAAGCGCGCUGGAGAGAGUCGCCAAUUGCGCACGGCAAGUGGGAGUGGACCUCGGCGUGCGUGCCUGCAAGUGUGUGUGUGUGUAAGAGUGAGUGUCUGUCUGUGAACUCGGAGAGGAAGAGAAGAAGAGGAGGAGGGAGUGAGCAUCAGCACAGUCUUCCCAGUCUCUACUCUCUUCACGCGCACUCCCACUCUGCAUGGAACAAUCCUUCCUUCACUGCUUCUAAAUGGACAUUUCUGUGGCAAUGUUUCUCCAGUGAAGACAACAGCUGCUUGCCGCUCCCCUCCACAAGCUCCUACAUGCUGGAUUUAAAAAACAAAGUGAGGAGAGGAACAGGGGGAGAUCUCUGAACAUGAGUGAGGAAGCUAAGGAGAAAGCGGGCAGUGGAAAAGCAGCCCAUCGCAAGAAGAAAGGCAAAAAGUCUGACAGCAAUGCAAGUUACCUACGAGCUGCCCGGGCAGGGAACCUUGAAAAGGUCCUUGACUACCUCAAGACAGGUGUUGAGAUUAACAUCUGCAAUCAGAAUGGUUUGAACGCUCUUCAUCUAGCCUCCAAAGAGGGGCACGUUGAGGUAGUCGCUGAGCUGCUGAAGCUGGAAGCUGCUGUGGAUGCGGCCACGAAGAAAGGAAACACUGCUCUGCACAUAGCUUCGCUUGCCGGACAAACGGAAGUCGUCAAAGAGCUGGUCACAAAUGGAGCCAAUGUCAACUCACAAUCUCAGAAUGGCUUCACUCCCCUGUAUAUGGCCGCCCAGGAGAAUCACCUGGAGGUGGUUCGCUUGCUUCUGGAGAACAGCGCCAGCCAGAGUAUGGCCACUGAGGAUGGCUUUACUCCUCUGGCGGUGGCCCUCCAGCAGGGCCAUGACCAGGUGGUCUCCCUGCUACUGGAGAACGAUACAAAGGGCAAGGUACGACUCCCUGCCCUGCACAUCGCUGCCCGCAAGGAUGACACCAAGGCCGCGGCCCUGCUCCUGCAGAACGACCACAACGCAGACGUCGAGUCCAAGAUGAUGGUGAAUAGAACAACAGAGAGUGGUUUCACCCCCCUCCACAUCGCAGCUCACUACGGAAACAUUAACGUGGCCACGCUCCUGCUGAACAGAGGAGCUGCUGUAGACUUCACGGCUAGGAAUGACAUCAUACCGCUUCAUGUGGCUUCAAAGAGAGGCAACAGCAACAUGCUCAAGUUGUUGCUGGACAGAGGGUCCAAAAUUGAUGCAAAGACCAAGGACGGUCUGACACCUCUUCACUGUGGGGCGAGGAGCGGACACGAGCAGAUUGUAGAAAUCCUGCUGGACCGAGGAGCGCCUUUCCUGUCCAAGACCAAGAACGGGCUGUCCCCGCUCCACAUGGCCACUCAGGGGGACCACCUGAACUGUGUGCAGCUCCUGCUCCAGCACGACGUGCCGGUGGACGACGUCACCAACGACUACCUGACGGCGCUGCACGUCGCCGCCCACUGUGGUCACUACAAGGUGGCCAAGCUCAUCGUGGACAAGAAGGCCAACCCCAACGCCAAGGCUCUGAAUGGCUUCACUCCGCUUCACAUUGCCUGCAAGAAGAACAGAGUCAAAGUCAUGGAGCUGUUGCUAAAACACGGGGCGUCUAUCCAGGCUGUCACUGAGUCUGGCCUGACGCCCAUCCAUGUGGCAGCCUUUAUGGGCCAUGAGAACAUUGUCCACGCACUGACGAACCACGGAGCCUCCCCCAACACCACCAACGUACGAGGAGAGACAUCUCUCCACAUGGCAGCGCGGGCGGGUCAGGCAGACGUAGUCCGAUACCUGCUGAAAAACGGAGCCAAGGUUGAGACCAAGUCCAAGGAUGACCAGACAGCGCUGCACAUCUCCAGUCGGCUGGGGAAGGUCGACAUCGUCCAGCAGCUGCUGCAGUGCGGCGCCUCGGCCAACGCUGCCACCACCUCAGGCUACACCCCCCUUCACCUGGCCGCCCGCGAAGGACACCAAGAUGUUGCUGCCAUGCUGCUGGAGCAUGGAGCCAUGCUCUGCUCCUCAACUAAGAGUGGGCUAACUCCUCUGCAUGUAGCCGCUCACUACGAUAAUCAGAGAGUGGCUCUGCUCCUGCUGGAUCAGGGAGCUUCCCCACACGCUGCCGCCAAGAAUGGCUACACGCCGCUCCAUAUCGCUGCCAAGAAGAACCAAAUGGACAUUGGGACCACACUGCUCGAGUACGGCGCGGACACCAACGCAGUGACGCGGCAGGGCAUCAGCCCGAUCCACCUGGCAGCGCAGGAGGGCAGCGUGGACCUGGUGUCCCUGCUGCUGACCAAGAACGCCAACGUCAACACUUGCAAUAAGAGCGGACUCACACCGCUCCACUUAGCAGCUCAGGAGGACAAGGUCAAUGUUGCAGAAGUCCUUCUCAACCACGGUGCUGAUGUCAACCCACAAACAAAGAUGGGUUACACACCGCUGCACGUGGCCUGUCACUAUGGCAACGCAAAGAUGGCAAACAUCCUGCUGCAGAACCAUGCCAGAGUGAAUGGCAAAACGAAGAACGGGUACACUCCUCUACACCAAGCGGCUCAGCAGGGCCACACCCACAUCAUCAACCUGCUGCUUCAGCACGGGGCCUCGGCCAACGAGCUCACUCUGAAUGGGAACGCUGCCCUGUCCAUCGCCCGCCGCCUCGGAUACAUCUCUGUGGUCGACACUCUGAGGCCUGUGACGGACGAAAACCUGACCACCAUGAGUGCUUCAGAAAAACACAAAAUCAACGUCCCAGAGACCAUGAAUGAGUUCCUAGACAUGUCCGACGAUGAAGGUGAGGAUGCGAUGACCGGGGACACGGACAAAUACCUGCGGCCUCAGGACCUCAAAGAGCUGGGGGACGACUCCCUGCCUCAGGAGGGCUACAUGGGUUUCAGCAUAGGAGCCCGCUCAGCCAGCCUCCGCUCCUUCAGUUCGGAUAGGUCCAACACACUCAACCGGAGCUCCUUCGCUCGGGACAGUAUGAUGAUUGAAGAGAUUCUGGCGCCAACAAAAGACACGCUUCACAGUGUCUGUAAUGACAUUUCCUAUUUGGUUGACCCACUCAAUAAGCACCUGGCUGUGACUAGAGACUACAGCACUGAGUGUAUGCGGCGCUACAGCUGGACCCCGGACACCGUGGACCACAGCCACAACACUGUGUCCAGCCCCAUUCACUCUGGGUUCUUGGUCAGCUUCAUGGUGGACGCGCGCGGUGGUUCCAUGAGAGGCAGCCGCCACAAUGGCAUGCGCAUCAUCAUCCCACCCAGGAAGUGCACGGCACCCACGCGCAUCACCUGCCGCCUGGCCAAGAGGCACAAGCUGGCCUACCCCCCGCCCAUGGUGGAGGGGGAGGGGCUGGUCAGCCGGCUGGUGGAGGUCGGACCAGCUGGGGCUCAGUUCCUGGGACCUGUGAUCGUAGAGAUCCCCCAUUUUGGGUCCAUGCGGGGGAAAGAGAGGGAGCUGAUUGUGCUGAGGAGCGAGAACGGAGACACGUGGAAGGAGCACCAGUCUGACGCCAGACCAGAAGACCUCUUUGAGCUGCUUUCUGGAAUGGAUGAAGAGCUGGACAGUCCCAUUGAGUUGGAGAAGAAGCGAAUCUGCCGCAUCGUCACCAGCGAUUUCCCUCAGUAUUUUGCUGUGGUGUCGCGGAUCAAGCAGGAGUCUAACCACAUGGGUCCGGAUGGAGGCAUGCUGUCCAGCAGCACCGUGCCCAUGGUGCAGGCCUCGUUCCCUCAAGGAGCACUCACCAAGAAGAUCCGUGUCGGCCUGCAGGCCCAGCCCGUGCCAGAUGACAUGGCGAGGGCAAUCCUCGGAAACAGAGCCACGUUCAGCCCCAUCGUCACCGUGGAGCCCAGGAGGAGAAAGUUCCACAAGCCGAUCACCAUGACGAUCCCUGUCCCGCCUAGAUCGGCAGAAGGCCAUCCCAGCGGUCACCGAGGCGACACUGCACCCUGCCUGCGUCUGCUCUGCAGCAUCACAGGAGGGACGUCCCCCGCCCAGUGGGAGGACAUCACAGGGACCACACCGCUGUCCUUUGUCACCGAUUGCGUCUCCUUCACCACAAAUGUUUCGGCCAGGUUCUGGCUUGCAGACUGUCACCAGAUUCCUGAGACGGUGGGUCUAGCGUCUCAGUUAUACCGGGAGCUGAUCUGCGUGCCGUACCUGGCCAAGUUUGUGGUCUUCGCCAAGAUGAACGACGCAAUCGAGGCUCGUCUGCGCUGCUUCUGCAUGACAGACGACAAGGUGGACAAGACCCUCGAGCAGCAGGAGAACUUUGAGGAGGUGGCCCGGAGCAAAGAUAUCGAGGUUCUCGAGGGCAAGCCUAUCCACGUGGAUUGCUAUGGCAACCUGUCCCCUCUCGCCAAAAGUGGACAACAGCUUGUUUUCAACUUUUACUCCUUCAAGGAAAACAGACUUCCUUUCAACGUGAAGAUCAGAGAUAUGGGCCAGGAGCCGUGUGGCCGCCUCUCCUUCCUGAAGGAGCCUAAAUCCAUUAAAGGCCUUCCACAGACUGCCAUAUGCAAUUUGAAUAUCACACUGCCAAACCACAAGAAGACCAGUGGAAAAGACCAGGAAGAUAAAAAAGAGACAGAAGUUAAAGGAGAAAAGAGUCCCCAGAGUCCUUGUGAGCGAACAGACCUGCGCAUGGCUAUCGUUGCAGAUCACCUGGGACUCAGUUGGACGGAGCUGGCUCGGGAGAUGAACUUCACAGUGGAUGAGAUCAACCACAUCAGACUAGAGAACCCCAACUCUCUGACAGCACAGAGCUUCAUGCUUCUUAAGAAAUGGGUCAGUCGGGAAGGAAAAAAUGCCACAACGGAUGCCUUAUCUUCAGUGCUGACCAAAGUCAAUCGGAUGGAUAUUGUGACUUUACUGGAGGGCCCAAUAUUUGACUAUGGUAACAUUUCAGGCACGAGAUGUUUUGCCGAUGAUAACGCUGUUUUCCGGGAUCAGGCUGAUGAUUUUCAGAGCAUUCUAGCGGAGCUGCAGUCCCCCGCCGCACUGCACUCCAACCCCAACUUCCUGGAGCCCGAACUCCCCGUCACCCCCAACCCUGCCCUUGCCCACCACCAGCAACACCAUUACCCAGACACCCCUUUGCUGGCCGACUCCCAGCCUCAGCCCCUGCCCUGGAGCCCGGGGAUAGAGAAAGGCGGAGAGCCAGAAAGCCCCCCUAGGAGCCCCCCCAGACCCUGUGAGCUCGCCUUUCCCGUCCCAGUCUUUGUCCUCCCUGAUCCUAUCCCUCCCAAGUUCAGAAAGCCCCACAUCGCCCUGAACGACCAGCUGCUUCUGAGCGAGGAAGAGGACAGGUCUUGUCAUGAAAUGGAGCUGAUCUACAGGCCCAAGUCACAAUCCCUCCCUGCGAUGUGUGAGUUAGACGUUGACAUGGCCUACUCCACAUCUUCCCCUUCAUUCUCAUCAGUAUCAUCAAUUACACCUUUAUCGGACGACAGAGCACAAAUUGGAGACGGAGGAGUGCAGAUGGGUUCCCCCAAUUGGGACCAGGAGGAUAUAUGUUUGAGAGGAGGUGAAAAGGAAGUGAUAGAGGAAAUAGAAAAGGUUGUGGCAGAGUUAGUGGAUGGAAAUGGAUUUGUGGAAAAGUGGCUAGAGCAGGACUUGAUUAAAAACGUGGAAAGAAAAUGUGAGAUGAUAACAAAAGAUAGGUGCGAGCUGGAAGAGGAGAAUAUCAUCUUGGCAGAAGAGAAGGAUAUGAUAAAUGAUGGGGAUAACGGGACAGCCUGCGAGGUGGAUGAGGUGAGAGAUGUGUCAGAAGAGCAGCAUAAUGUGAUAGAAAUUGGGCAUGAAGUGGAAAAAGGUUCUAACUCAGAGGCAGAGGCUGUCAAACAGGGUAUUGAUGAAAUAGCUGAGGUACACAAAUGUGAAAGGGGCAGUCAGGAAAGGGUCUACCACGAUGACAGAGUGGAUGAUGGACAACUGAGGUUUAAAGAGGACCAAGGGAGUCAGUCCGUAGCUCUCCUCUCCCCUCGAGCCUGGGUUGAGGCACUCGGGGAACGUCAGCCCAGUGAGUCUGAAUCCAAUGAGGAAGAGGAGGAGGGAGACAGAGACAAAGAAAUCCCAGAAGGAUCUCUGUUUGAGGAGGUGGAGAAAGAAGAAGGCUCAGAGGACAAGAAGGAGGACGCAGAGAUGACUGAAGCUCAGGAGGCUCUUGAUCAGGUUGAACAGGCAGAAAAAGAAGUGUGUUCACUUUCAGGUUGGCACAGUGAUUCAUCCAGCGUCAAUGUGGAACCUCCGACGCCCGGCCGCAGUGUCAGCUCCGACCUGCUCGACAGGCGGGAAAGCCAAGAAAUCUCCAGUGAGUCCAUCACUUCCUCGUCUAGAGGCGAAUCAGGGAAGUCCCGACGGAACGGCAACAACUCAAGGCACUCACCUCAGGACCGCUCCUCGGAAUCAUCGAAUGGUCGAAAAGAAGAGGGCGCACUAGUGUCGGAGAAAAAAGUCCAGGGAGAAGCAGCAAAGAAUGUCCCAGGCGAGUCUGUGACCGAGGAACACUAUAUGGACCAAGAUGGUAACCUCAUCAGUAGAAAAGUCAUCAGGAAGGUUAUCCGACGUGUGACAACUCCCACACCAGAAAACCAAGGAGAUGACAGGUGGCUCCAAGACCUCCUGCACAGUCCCACUCUGCAGGAAGAGGGGUCCGAGCAAGGAGAAGGGUCACGGAACAGCAGACGAAAAGAUGACAGAAGAUCGGGGGACAAAAAGCUCCACUCAUAGAGAGGCUUGUGCUCUACCAGGUGUGCAGGAACUAAGUUAGGUGUUUCCUGGAAAUACGUUUUCCGAGGGCUCGAGGCUCCGGUGUGAGGACUUCAGGGUCCAGUCUGCAACUUUCUGCUUCAAACAAACAGUUUUCACGCGAGAGGAGUCGACCCUUCUGACUUACGCAUUAGCAUGACAAACUCACUACCUGUCAACGAAAGCACCGGGAGGUUCUCACUCUUAGCUGUUGUGGACCCGUGGACAAUGAUUCUGCUUCCUGUUUUGUGUGAAACAAUAUGUGCCAUUGGUCCACUGUUGUUGUGAGAGCUUUUUUAGAGGAGUAUCGUUUGUUGUGAAAACGAUAAAAGACUCCCAUUACUGACAACCACACAGGUGACACUGUGACCAAAGAUGGCACAAGAGCUCAGUCCACACGGUGGGUGGAAAGAAUGAAGUAGACACAAUAACACACAAAAAAAAUCCAAUGGGACAAUUCUGAUCCAACUUCAACACUCGCCUUAUAGUUUUUUCUUGAUCCCAUUGUUGUCAGGAUGUAAAUUGUUUGGGGAUUUUUUUUCUUCCUUUUUAAAACUUAAACUAACACAAGAGCUUUUUUCUGUAUAUAAAAUUACAAUGUGUAAAAUUCCUUAAAAAAGGGUAAGCUACUGGUUGAGGACACACGGAGGAGAGUAACCUUUUCAAGUGCUUUCAAACUUUAUUGAAACAGUUCCACUUUUAAAGAUUUGAGUGUAACUUCACAGGUUCUUGUAUAAUUACUUAUUAGAGCAGGUAUAAUGUUUGUACAUGAAAAAAAAAACUGGUUUGAUUUUAACUGAGGACAUUUCCAGAAAAUCGAAUUUCAGUAAUUCCCAAAGUGGGAAUGGAUCUAAUCCAACAAAAAGCCUUUCAGAGUACUCAUAUUUUCAUGCAUGCUGUUCACAUUAUUUUAAGUACAAUUUUUACAAGUUUGCAAACACUGUAUUCAAAUUACAAAUAAAACCCUUUAUCUGUGUUCACAUAUAGCCCUAACAUGUCACCAAUUUUAUAUUUUAAAUUGAAAAAGGACACCAUUUAAACAUUUAUCACGUCGGGAUGAGGAUGAAAAAAGUUCUAUAGCUUAUUGAGGGUGUGAUGUCUUGUCUGUCUAUGUGAAACGGAGGGCAGCUUCUGCUACGAGAACGAAAUAAUCUGAAUGUAAAUGCUGGUAGGCUGGCUCGCUGUAAAAUUAUAACUGUAUUGUGCGUAAUGGCUAUAAGGUGUAGGAGUCUCUGUACACUGUUAGACUGUUUGUAAUCAUUUUAGCAGUGUGUCAAUUUGGUUUUCUUAUGACUGCUGUGGUAUUAAAGGAAAACUGGGGCAUUUCAUUUUUGAUUUCUUUUGUUGAAGUAUUUCCUUAUUUAAAACCUACUCACAUUAAGGUCACAUAAAGACAUUAUUUGAUUGUAGCUCUUAAUAGCAUAUUGUAUGACAAAAACACUGGAUGGUCAAAAACAGUUAUUUAAGCAUUAAAUAAAUUGUGUUAAACUCUGAAACUGUGUGAUCUUUUUAGGCUUGAGAGUCUGUAUAUGCAGUGUCAAAUAGAAAUGUUUUCACUAGCUCAUCAGAUUUUAUUUUACUUUACAUAAGGAAUUACCUUUGUAUUGGUUUUCAUUAGAUGCCCAUGUAGUUCAAGUGUGGUGUUCUACUGAUGCGAUGGCUCAGUAUGCCGAUAUCUAUGCUGUGGACAAGGAAACUAUGUAACUUUUUUCGGGGAGGGGCGGGGGUUGUAAAGGAAGUCAGUUAAGGCGCUGUACCACAUCCCCUUAUACUAUGUCAAUCAGGGGGUAGAGGAUCCUUUGAUAUGGCUGAACCCUCAAUUUUGUUUGAUAUGUGUUUUCACCUGAGCAGAUUUUUUGAUGUACAAUUCUUACUAACAGAGUGAAGCCAUUGAAAUGUAACUAUUCUAGCACUUUGGUUAUUCAAGGUCUUUUAGAGACUAUAGCAGCAAUGAUGCCACCACAAAUGUUUCAGACGUCUUUAAAAAAAUCAACCUAAAAAACUCAAAAAAAAUAAAAAUGCAUUGAUUUCGCAAUACAA